AUGCCUUACAUUACACGAACAGAUGGCCUCCCCGAAGCAGCUCUGAGGGGUGGUCUCGUUGAUCCCCGAGCUAACCAACAGCCGUCUUUCGGCAAACGUAUGAUCUGCCGGGACCUCAGCGACUUCCUUUCCAGCGUAACCGAGCUCUCAUCUCCAGGUUCGAUCCACCAGAUGGCUACCUCUUGGUCCACUACUCGGGAUAUGCAUGCCAUCAACCCAGACCGCGAGUAUCAGGAUAGGCUCAAGAAAAUCCUUGCGCGCUGUCCAGAAAUUGAGCCACCUUUAGGAGAAAAGAUCUCCAGCCAUCCAUUAUCCGACCUUGUUCCAGGGCUUACCAUCAGUGGUGGUCUCAGCCGCUCCCCUGCCUUCGACUGCUUGCCUGUCGUCUCCCAUUGGACUGACCGUACAGAUGAGCCUUCAAGAAACGACCCUGCGGCUACUAUCCGUCUUUCUUCGACGUGGAAUACCGCUUAUGUCAUUGGAGAGGGAACUACCAAGGCCUAUCCUCUUGGAGCCCCGUGCUGGUCGCUCAAAACUCACGGAGUCGGCCCAGUCGAAGCCGGUUCGAGUAAAUUCUAUCAGGAAUACCACGCUGGUACCGGCACACUAACAACAACGGUCAAUUUGGCACGCCGUUUUGACAGCCCUCGGACGGGAGGGGUGAUAGCCGCUGCGGCAGAUAUCGCUUAUAUACGUAACGCCCGUGUCGCAGACGCCGUGGAUUGCGCUGUUGGCCUACUUACCGAUGCUGCAGCUCUGUUGGCGGCUCGUGAUAAGGUAAUCACGACUGGGGUGACCGAGCAUCUAGGGUUUGCAGAGGUAAGAGCGGCCGAUAUGCCCUUGUGGUGCACCGCCCGCAAGCCGCUCCCACCAAAAUUGAGCGGCGUUGCGCUCUCUCCUGACCCCGCCACUGUGAAGGUCCUGGCGGAAGAAGGUUGUGAUGGGCCUCUGCUUAAUACCAGCAUCUUUUCAAUGGCGGUAGGCUAUAACCGGGGCGUCUAUGGUGGUUCGAUAUCUGGUCUAUGGGCCGUCAUGGACUCGAGCUUUGUGCUUGAAAACUCCAUUGGAGUGGCAAACAAUGACAUGGCAGACAGUCUGUCUUCUGCAUUCGCGGAUGUGGCUGCCAUAGCUGAAGCCUCUUCCUCCGCUGGUCCGCACAUCACCGACAUCCGGAUCAUCAAGGGCUGUAAUUAUGGAUGUUUACGCCAGAAGACCGUCAUUGAAGAUACCCACCCUGUUACAUCCCACCCAUGUGUAGUCAUAUGGAAUGAUGUUGCCCGGCUCGCUCGUUACAAACUCGCUGACGCUGUCUUCUGCCACGUGUACUACGACUCGGGUGGUGGUGAGCAGAUGGCUGCCAUUGCAGGCCUCGGAUGUGUUGUACAUGACUGGAUUGAUCUUGGAGCUGAUUUAGCGUGCGGAGAGGUGAGCAACAUUAUUCCCUCCCUGACGCGGGGAUCUUUGGACGAGGAACCACUGGCCGAAGUCUACUCCCGAUUGACCGGUGCGAUGAUUUGGUAUCGAAACAAUGAUCCCUUUAACCCAGCAGCACUAUGCCUUCUCUUCACGCACUGGUGGCAGCUCGCCAACUGUCGACAUAGACCGAUUACUCUUCUCGGCAGGACAGACCUCAGGGUCGAGAUGGCCAUUGCUGCCAUAAUCCCAGAAGAGAGACCCUCUCUGGACCAUUUCAGCGCAUGUGGCACUCAGGUCGUCCGUGGAGAUCGCCCUCUCGCCAACUCAGAGGCUCGUCUUCAAUCGGUCCUUUCCUCGAACCCUUUGCCGGAGAUUCGUGCGGUUAUUGACGUCUUGAUUAGCCCCGUCCUCGCGUACGUGAAAGGGGGUGACAGCCUACCUUCCGAAUGUGAAUAUGUGGGUGCCGUUCUUGCUGCUGAGGUGGCUUAUCCUCAGGAUGAGAAGAUAGUGCAGCUGUGGGACCUUGCUAUUGUAAUGUGGGAGUGCGGUGCAUUUUGGGCGGCUGGAGUGGCAGGUCUUUGCUAUACUCAUACUGGCAACGCUAACUGUGACCGGGCUCGGGAUGACUUGACUGAUGAUGCCUGGGCUUAA